CUCUCAGCAACCUCUUCUGGCUUCACCUUCAGCAGUUCAGCGACCAGCUCUUGCUUUCGGAAUCGCUACCGCCUACUAGCCUCGACAGAUGAAACCUUCUCCUUCCCUGUCCACUCUACCAUGCUUUCCGUACAUCAAGCCCAUGUCUAUACUUUUGGAGUCGAAAAUCCGGAAGGGCACGCUUCCCGUCGUCAGUUCGUCACUCCGAUUUGCCUUUCCUGUACAUCCAACCCAUGUGUCUUUCUUAUGCUUCUAUAGUGUUGUUCUUUCCCCACAAGUUGGCUACGAUUGUACUUGGUGGGAGACAAAUGGUUCCCCCUAUUUCCCCCUCCAUAAUCCCCUUCUUCUCUCUUCCAACGAAAACCCUAAAAGUUUCCUCCCUGUUGGUAGCCAUGCAAUCCGAACCCGAAAUCGGAGGAAGACGAAAUCGAUUUGGAACAACGGCGGUGGACAAAUCGCCUGUGACGGUGAGCUCCUUAUUUCUCAGUCUUCUUUGUCGAUAUUUGAAAUUAACCUUCUCGAUUCUGGACUCUCGCUGCAGAACACGGCGGUAGCAAUUAAGAUUCCGAUGGCAUGGUUUCGUCGAGUUCAUACUCGAGCCCUAUCCAUGGGUAGGAACAACGGAAAAUGACGGUGGUGGUGAUGAUGGACCAGCAGGAGGAAUGGGUGCCAGUUGGUGGAAUCGCCGAUGUUCAGGAUGGAAUGUGGGAGAAGCUCGGUGGCUACAGAGGAGGGGGGAAAGACCAGAAAGCACAAGAAAAGUCAACGAGAGGUAUGCAGUUUCAGUUUAAUUUCCGCCAGAGCUGGAAUGGACACGACUCCUUAAACGGGGAAAAGCACAUGCUAACCAUGGAGCAGCAGCAAACACAAGGUCCCAUUCACCGUCAAUGGCAGGCCAUCUUCAGGUUAGGAAGGAUUUUCUGGGAUAAGCAAAAACCAAAGAGUAAAGAGCUAGCAGGACUUUAGAACAUACUUUUCUGACUGAAAGCACUCACAAGUUUUGAUCUUUAAGAGGGGUAGAGCUAUGAAUAUGAUACUGUGGGAUUACCAGAUGGGCAAUGCUAACAAGAGAUAAGGUGAGGGGGGGGGGGGGGGGGGGGGGGGGGCAAGAAGGUGACAAAAUUGCCACUUGAGACUGAAACCAACCUAAUCUGAGUUACUACUGAAAAUCAAUUUAAUAUUUCUGUUUUGUUCUUCAAUCUGUUCCUCUUUGUUGUUCUGAAAUUCUCAAUUUCUUCCUGUUCGCUUUGGUUCGAAGAAGACCAAUUGAAUUUAUGUUUUGCUUUCUAAUCUCCCUUUGUUUGUGUUUAUUAUCGUUUUGUUUGUUGUUUGUGAACCCUGAUUUAUCGCAGUAAUUGUUUUUUGCAGCUGGGUUUCAUAUGCCAGGGAACCAACAAAUGUGAGUAACAAACUUAUCAAGUUUUCCCUUCCUUUCAUUGUUUUCUUCAGUAUCUGUCUUAUUCGACUGUUGUGUGCUUAUGGCUGUCUAGAAAUUGAGUUUCCUUAUCCGAACUAAAAUCUAUAUGCGCAAUCAUGGCUUCUAGGGGUUCGUCUAAUGAGCGACUUAUGGGUUGUAACAAAACUCCAAAAGUAUGUGAAGUUGGUAUUAUUCUUGAAAUUAGGUAUACCAAUCAGAAGAUGUAUAUCGCAGCUACUGCUUGGCUAGCUUUUGUGUGAGCCAUUCUUUUGCUUUUACCUGCCGGCUCUUUUGAAGUAAUGAUGCUUGCUCAUAUUGAUGCAUAUACAUGUUUGAUAUUUGUUCUGCAACUUCUGUUGAGGUCUUGCCAUGUACAUGUCUUUCUGCAAGUUUGCUGGCUGCAGAUAGUUUCUGUUUUCCACUGUGCUCUGCUUAAUUUAGUUGAAGUUUUGACAUGUAGAUAUUCUAUUAUUUCAUUUGGUUUUUGUGUAAGGGGUAGUCAACGAUGUUGUAACAAAUGCUGGUACGAUGAUGUUGCAGCCAAUGAUGGGUCAAGGAACUAUUUUAUUGUUAGCACAAAAGAAUUGCUACCAAUGGCUCAAAAUUACGAGUUACACAAACAUUCUGCUUGAUUUCACAUUCAUGUUUAGGAAGCAGUGUUUUUUACUGUCAGAAUCCUUCUUUUCAAGUUUUUAUUUCUAUUUUUUUGUGCUGCUGCACUUUUUUGCCUGCUGUUGUGAUGCUGCUUCUGCAAUGUUCAUUUAACUUGGCAGUUUCAACACAUUAUGUCAUUUAACUUCGUUGCUCAAAGUUUUAGAACCUUCCAUUGAUUGUGAUUCCCAAGUUUGUUUCCUUCCCCUCUCAUCUCUGGACUUUUCAUCCUCCACAUGAUAUUAGUUAUAUUUACCAUCAUCUGCUUUCACAGGUUGAAGUACAUUGAUUGAAAAAGAAGAAACCAUCCCAUGAGCUUUAGUUCUCGCGCCUUUAGGUCCAUGUUCUCAACUAUUUCCAUAAAAAAGAAACGUUCAAUCAAGGAGACUGUAAUCAUAAAAAUGAACGGUAAGUUACCUUUUUGUUUUGUUUCUGCCGCUUCUCUGUUUUACGUGUACCGCUACCUGAUGUACUCUAUACCGGUCGCAGUUAAGGUUCACUCUCAAUCACGUUAUGGGCGGGGUUUGCAGACAACCUGCCCCUUCCUGAACUCAUUCAAAUGGGUGGAGCCGCAUGAGUGAUUUUAACAUUCGCCUUCUCAUCCCUCCAUUUGUUGUGGUAUAUUUCCCUCAUUUUCUUUAUUUAUUUACAGUUCAUGCCUGCCACAUGUCUUAAAUGAAAUUCAAUUAAGCUAGCCUAAGCAAGUUGCUGUUGCCAAUCCUUCCUUUCUCUCCUAAGCUCAUCAAUGUGGGAAACUUCUGAAUGAUAACAGUACAUAGUUACCACUUCUCUGAUUUCUUUCUACUUAGGGUCAUAUUGGGCUUCAUUUGGUGCCUUUCCAUGUACAGAGUAACCAGUUGCAAAAAUAAACUCCAAUGACAUGUAAUCGCAUAAAUGGCUUAUGUUCAUGUCUUUCAUUAUGAUUUGUGGGAUAAGUAUGUGACAUGCUUAGUAGAAAUUGCCUGCCUGAGUUUGUUUGGCAAAGUAUGAUACAUUGUAAGGGUUGUUUAGAUGGCAAAGGGCAUGGGUUGGUGGGUUCACAGGCUGGGUUUAAAGGGUUUCUUUGAUUCUGUGAUUCCUUCCAUUGUCCUUUCUCAUUUCUUACAAAGCUGAUUAGGCCUAAUCAAUCAUGCUAAGUAGGAUUCGUACGGGUGUUUCCGUAAAACACUUUGAUGGUUAUACUUGAACUGCUUCUCUUCGACUGUUUGUAUGGGUUUGCUGCUGAUUGUUCCGUAGAAGUUGUAGUAGUAGUGGGUCUGCAGUUUAGGGUGACUUACCUUCAUGGCCGCCUUCAAGUUUGAUGAAUGUUUUCUAUCCCGAUUUUGCCUACUCUUUUCCUUACCCUCAAUGCUUUGUUUGCAUGGAACUCACAUGCAUCGAACACAUAUGCUUCUGCAACUCACAUUGCAAUGUCACCUACAGUUCCACAGGGUCAAGCCCAUAAGAACUGCGGAGAUAGUAGCUGCAGACGAAGUUAGUCACCAAUGGUAGGCUAAAGGAAGUUAGUGGAAAAGAGAAUUACCACUAACUGGCAUACCCCAUAUCCUGAAAAUUUUAUUCUCUUACCAUAAUCAUUAUAACAACUUCAUUGGACCUUCAGUGGCUUCAUUAUAAGUUGCUGAUGCAAAGUCAGUUGUAUGGGUUCGCUCGCAUGCUAAUUAUCCUUUUUACCUGCUAGGGGUGGCAGUUCGGUUAUUUCGGUUAUAACCGGUAACCGAUCGGCCGGUUAUCGAUUAGCCGAAAUAAUCAUUCCCCCUACCGAAAACCGACCGAAAUAGGCUUCAGUUUCUCGGUUAUCUUGGUUAUCGGUUAACCAAACCACUUUUAAGACCAAAAACCAUUUCGUCCAGCCUCCGAUAAUCGACCGAAGUUCGUUUACUUCGGUUAUCAGUUAAUGAAUAACCGAUUAAUUA